AUGACAGAAAUUACUAUUCAAGACUUACAAAAACUUCUCAUAUACUUCUCAAAAAAUACUUAUCGAGCUAAGGAUGCAGAUAGCACGAGCCAAGCAAUUAUGCAAAGAUGUCUGCUGCUCACUGACUUGGAUUAUACUCACUCUAUAAUAAACAAUAAUGGAGGUGAUCUCAGUGCACAUUAUCCUAGCCAUCUUGUCAUUUUAGAAUAUGAGAAGUAUAGAAAUCCAAAUAUGUGCGAUACACCGCCGCCACUGCCACGCACAACUGAAACAAUAUAUGAGAGCAUGUAUGACCCCAAUAAACUGAAGGAAUUGAUAAAGAGUGCUAGAUUUGCCAGAUGUCGUUCAAGAUUUCCACUGCCAGUAAUAUUGUAUAAAGGUAGACAUGUCUGCAGAUCGGCCACAUUGUCCGGUGGACCUGAAAUUUAUGGUAGAUCUGGGCUAGAUUAUUUAUUUGCUGGUAGUGAAGGGAUAGUCUCGAUUCAACAACAAGUAGAUGAAGCUCGAGGCGGUGACUCUGUACUUAGCGACUGGCAACUGUUCGAUAAAGUUAGGCAUCAAGACAUCAAACUUCUGAAAACGCUUAAUGUAGGGACAAUUAUUGAUUUCAUGGUGGAGAAGAAGAAGGUCAAGUUUGGAAUGAACGUGACUUCCUCGGAGAAAGUAGACAAAGAGAAGAGGUACUCAGACUUCACCCUAAUUUCACUGCCAUAUCCUGGAUGUGAAUUCUUCAGGGAGUUUAGAGAAAAUGAUUAUCUGGCUAAGGGUUUAGUGUUCGAUUGGUCUCAGACUCACGUAGAUGCACAAAUUGGUGUGCCCGAAGAUUUAAUUUCUACUCAGUUACGGAUCAAUUGGGAGCAAUACCAAGUCUGGGAUCUAGUCAAGCUUACUCAAAAUUAUUUAAAACUGAUAUUAAGAUAUUUGAGUGAUAGCAGUAACGGAAUAUUGAUACACUGUAUCUCAGGUUGGGAUCGCACACCGUUAUUUAUUUCAUUGUUGAGGAUAAGUUUGUGGGCUGAUGGUGCAAUACACACGUCGCUAAACGCGUAUCAAAUUCUGUAUUAUACAAUAGCAUACGACUGGAUGUUAUUUGGUCAUGAUUUAGAGGACAGACUAAGCAAAGGAGAGGAAAUAUUUUUCUUUUGUUUCUAUUUCUUAAAGCACAUUCAUGAUGACGAGUUUAGCAUUCAUCCACGUCACAAUAGAUCUAGGCAUACUGUUCUACGCAACGACAGUGACUCACAGUUAGAUAAUGUUAUGUUUGAUAGUGAAUCAGUAGUAACACUAAGUUCAGUCAGUUCCAACUUAAGUCUGAAUAGUUGGUGUAGCUCUGUUAGUCAGAAUAGCAGAGAUAGUCAAGAUAAUAAUCCACCAGCGGUGUUUCACUGUGCUUCCACAGAGAGUCAAGAUGAUUGUCAUAGUAAUGGGAAUGUUGUACCAUGGUCAUUUUACCCUUCCCCGAAUAAAGAAGGUAUGGCUCAUGGAUCACGAUCUCCACUUCCUCCAAAUCGGACUUCGCCUGUAGCGGUUCCUGUACCCGGUCGCCUCCGACAACGAAACGAAUCUUCGUCAUCCGGUGGUUCCUGGCAGAUGAUAUCAGGGACUGGCAGUUUGCGCGGUUCUACGACCGCCAAUGCCCCGCUCACCGACGGAAUAACGUCUUCUAGUUUAGUUUGCAAACCUCUGUGCGAAACUUGUACGGGACAUACAUCUCAAGAAUCAAGUACUACGAUUAUUGAGGAUGAGGCGUGUGCGUCACUGGCACAAUCUCGCAGAGAGAAGUUGCAGUGUUUAAGAAGAAUAUUUUAUAACGCUUACAGCCAUACCGUUGGAUUUCGAAUGAAGGAUAAUUCCGAAUCAAGCGGCUUCGGCCAGCUCCUUGGUAACUUCGCCGAAAAAGUAGGAAUCCUUUCCGUUCAACGCACAUCCUUGUGACUAUAACAUCAUUGACUUCCCCGCGAUCAUGAGUUUGUUGUUAUUGAUACCUUGAUUCAAUUGAGAAUUUUAUAAAACGCUACGCAAUGGAAAUAAAAUAAUUGUACAUUAUCGUUUAUGUGAAUAACACAUUGUUAUACAAGAGGUAGCGUGUAUACGCUUGAUAUGAAUAAAAACUUGAUAUUUUUGUA